AUGCACAUAGCACACGCCGCAUCAGCUCGGAGAAAGAAAGUCAAAACAGGCUGCAAAACCUGCAAAAUACGGCGGGUCAAAUGUGACGAAGGCCGACCAGCUUGCCGAAAGUGUGUAUCAACCAGUCGGGUCUGCGACGGCUAUGGCAUCUGGGGAGGAGGUGGAAGUCCCUAUGAUCAGCCGCAGUGCAACCGGGCUCUGUCCGUAUAUUGCACUCCAGUCCCUGUCGGUAACCUCAGCCAAGAGGAACAGGUCUGCUUCGACUGGUUAAUCAAGCGGACUACGAAGAAGUUCUCUGGGUUGUUCCCCUCCGACUUCUGGCAGACUUUGGUUUUCCAAGCCAGUGCACAAGAACCUGCCGUGCGCCAUGCUCUGAUUGCAGUAUCAUCUGCACAUAGAUUCGAUUACCAACAUGGGCCAGAUUCGCUCGCGGAGAACAAGCUUAAAGACGAGCGUUUCACUCUCCAACAAUACAACAAAGCAAUUCGACAUCUACGUAGAAACACAACUGAUAAUAACCAUUCUGUUCGAGUAGCGCUGAUUACAUGCCUGCUUUUUAUUAUCCUGGAAUACAUGCGCGGGCAGUACGAAGCAGGAAGUGAACAUCUCCAAUAUGGCAUCAAAUUGCUCUGCAGCAUAUCCAAAUCAAAUCCUCCAUCUCCCAUGACCCCAACAAUUCUGUGUCCUGGGAAAGACUUCGCCUACAACGCUCUGGUCGAUGCAUAUGCACGAUUAGGCACCCAAUCAGCCAUGUUCGGCCACUCGUCUUCACACAUCUAUCUCAUAACCCAGGAUCCGCAAGCUACCACGCUUCCAAAUGUAUUCUCCUCGCUCGAAGAAGCCAGACGCAGCUUAGACGACCUCCUGAACAGAGUACAAUGUCUGACAAAACAUUACUACGACUACCAUACACCCAAUCCACCAACCAGCAAUCAAAAAACGAUCCAAAAUGAAAUCCUUGCCGACCUAUCCCUCUGGCGAAAGACAUAUACCCUAUCAAUUACACUCGAAGCCGACAAGACAUUCGAGAAAGAAAGGUUCAGCUGUUCCCUGCUGCAAAUGUACCACGAGAUGGCCACAAUAAAGGCCUCAGUCUGUCUACACCCAACAGGGGAAAACGAAUCUGAAAUGAUUUUCGACGCCUACACCGAGAACUUCCUUGCAAUAAUGACCGAUUUCCUGAACGGUUGGAAAAACUGGGCAGCGACAAGUCUCCGCGAAGAAGACAUCCCGAAACUUAUCUCGCAAUCUGACGAGCUGAAAACCAUCUUCCGAAACUUCAACACAAUGUCCGACAUGAAUGAGAUAUUGGAAAAUUCUCUCCUAGACAUCCUCAAACAGCCAUCUGCCUGCAGCUAUCUUCUCCAGAUGCCGGAGUGUGGCGGGAACGGUUUCACCGUUGAGGCCGGAUAUAUUCCACCCAUCUACUACACGGCGCUCAAGUGCCGUGUUCCGCGGAUCCGGAGGCAGGCUGUGAAGGCGCUGAGGGCCGUGCCGCAUCGGGAGGGGGCGUGGAACGGUCCAAUUUUGGCAGAUGUUUUGGAAGAGGUCAUUGCUGUUGAAGAGGGGGAGUUCUAUACUGGUGAUGUCGGUGUUAAUUCGUCCGUUGGAUACGUUCUACCUAAGCCCGAGGAGUUGGUUGUGCCAAAAGUGCCGGCUGAGGCGAGAGUCUCGAAUGUUAGGGUACUUCUACCGGAUCAUGUUGCCGGACAUACUUAUAUCAGUUAUCGGAAGAGGGUGCGAGGUGAAUGGGUGGCUUUAAAGCGGAAGGUCGGUGGAUAA